AAAAGUGUGGGAGGCUUUGGGCGCUGUUCGUUACGUAGAAGCAGCAGCCGCCUACACUGACCUGGAUAUUAUUGCUGAAGAGGACAAUACCGAUCUCUUUAAAUAUCAUGGAUUAUGGGACCAUAAUACAUCGUGUAUGUGCAUGUUUACAGCGGCUAGAAGGCAAUGGUAGGGCAAACGUGAGGUCCCUCUGCCCUGGUGACGAGAGGAAGGGACUUGCUUGGGAACGUAUUGGACAAUAUCGAUAAGUAAGCAAUCAAAACCUUGACCGUAAAGCUUAUUUCUGCAAUUUAAAGGAUUUCGGGUCUCGGUUUACACAGCCUGCGUCUGUGGCUGCUCCCUUUAACUGGGUAUCACGUCUGAGUGGGUCGUAACAUCAUUACACGGAGACUACACUUCUCUGAAGUGAGGAAGAAGUAGAGCUGCGUCAGGCUAACUCAACCGCGCUACACAUAAAACAGGAAGUUUGUUGGUUUCGCCUUCAAGAUAAGACACUUAAUACAUUGGUUUGACUUUUAAUAAUGGAAGCUGGUGUUGGUUAAAGCCCCUGACACCCGGAGGAAACAUUCGUAGCCUUUUUAGUAGCACCAAGAGUCACUUUCUCUUCAAGAACCGCGGAACUCUUAAGUAUAAACAUUUCUCCGUUGGUUUUAUUGUGGAAGGUGAGAGCGGAAGUCGUGCUCUGGUCUGCCAGCAUUUGACACAGGUUGGGAGAGGGAUGUGGCCAGGGUGUAUUUAUGCUGCUGUUCAAGAUAUGAAAAUCAUUGAAUUAGCGCUGCUCCGGGAGCCCUGCUUCACCACAGGACACGACGGGGGUGACAACUGUGUUGCUGUCCGUCAGUGCAGUCGUUGUCGGCGGUCGGAAACAGUGGACACGACCGAGGCUGCUGCUGCUGCUGCUGCUGUGCUGGUUUCGUCUGGACUGGACCAUUUCCAUGAAGGCUUCUCAACCUCACGCCAAAACAAUUCACGUGCGGGGCUGUACUCUGUGCUUAGUUACGCAAUAAAACGUCAAGUGAUGAUGGAGCCCUCUCUAGCACUCGGCAGACUGGAGCUGACCCCCAGUUCAGCCGCUGUCGGGGUCAGUUUGACCCCGCGGCUGUCCGGCGGGCCCCCAGCGAAAGAGAAAUGCGGUCAGGGGCCACAAGGACAGGCUCACCUGAACGGCUGCGUCCCGCUGUCACAUCAGGUUGCGGGUCACAAGUAUGGAGUGGAUAAAGUGGGUAUUUUACAGCAUCCGGAUGGAACGGUCCUGAAGCAGCUUCAGCCUCCGCCCAGAGGUCCCAGAGAGAUGCAGUUUUAUAGCAUGGUGUACUCCGAGGACUGCUGUGAUCCAUGCCUUCUGGAGCUCCAGAACCAUCUGCCCAAGUACUACGGCACCUGGUCUUCUCCAGACAGCCCGAAUGACUUGUACCUGAAACUGGAGGAUGUGACGCGGCGCUUCGUCAAACCGUGCAUCAUGGACGUGAAGUUGGGCCAGCGGAGCUACGACCCGUUCGCCUCGCAGGAGAAACGUGAACAGCAGAUCCGAAAGUACCCGCUGAUGGAGGAGAUCGGCUUCCUGGUCCUCGGCAUGAGGGUGUACAAGGUGUGCAGUGACACGUUUGACUCGUACGACCAGCACUACGGGAGGGGACUUGUGAAGGACACCAUCAAAGAUGGCCUGGCAAAAUUUUUCCGUAACGGUGUCAAUCUGAGGAGGGACGCCGUGUCGGCUAGCAUCCGCAGAGUGCAGCAGAUCCUCCGCUGGUUCGAGUCCCAGCAGCAGCUCACCUUUUACGCCAGCUCCCUUCUCUUCGUCUAUGAGGGUCUCCCCUCCUCUCGCUCCCCAUGCUCCCUCCCCUCCCCUCUCAGCACGCCUUCCAUCAGCCCGACUGCAGAGAAAACCAGCAAGCUGACAUCAGCGGCCGACAGCGGCGUGGUCGUCGAGGGGACGGCGAGACAGGACGGGGCGGGGCAAGAUGAGGAAGUAGCCGAGUACAACAACAACAACAUUCAGGCGCCUAUGCCCUGGGAUUACAGCCUGGCCACCAUCUACGCCAACCACACGAAAGGGGGCCACCAUCACUGUGCUAAGGGUCAUCUCCAUGGCAACAGCGGAGCAAGUGACACCAUGGAGACGACAGUGAGCGCGGACUGUGGAGAUAAAACGUCGGCACUGUGUGAAGAAGACAACUCGGCGUGGAAACGGACAGGCGAGUCGCGGCAGGCGCCAAACGGAAACGGAAACAAAUCCCGACUGGAAGGGUCGGACGAGGAUGGAGAGAAGGAGGACAGUAGCAGGAGGAGAACAGGGGAGGAGAUACUGAAAGGAGAAGGAGGUGACACAACAGAGGGGAGCGGAGGAGAGGCGGAGGUGGAGGUCAGGAUGAUCGACUUUGCCCACGUUUUCCAGAGCGAGAGCCCCGAUCACGGAUACGUCUACGGCCUCAAAAACCUGCUGACGGUGCUGGAGCAGAUCCUCUGCGACUCCGCCUAGAGCUCCCCCUCCUCCCCCCUCCCUCUCCUCACCUGCUCCCCAUUUCUCCCCUCUGCCCCCACCAUCCACCCCCCCCCCCCUCGCCUCCUAUCAAACCUCACUCCUGUCUUUUCAAGAAACUUUCAGAGAGGAGAGGGAAGAAUCAAAGAAGUGAAUAUUAAACUAGAACCGUCAUCGUCAUCAUCAUCAUCUCACCUGGUUUGAUGGUCUGUCAGUCGUGUGUGUGUGUGUGUGUGUGUGUGUGUGUGUGUGUGUGUGUGUGUUUGUGUGUGUUUGUGUGUAUGUGUGGACACGGCAGAAACUGACUGCUGUGUUUUUACCUGUGAUCAGCAGAACUACAUGAUGCACUAAUCGAUUCAUGAAGGCAUUUGGACCCUCGGCUUGAACACAACAUCUUCAGCUGCAUGAUUUACAGAAGCUCAGACAAACUCUACAAAUUCUCAGAUCUACAGUCAACUUCAAAUGCAAUUGAAGAAAAUGCUGUUUGACAAAAAGCUGCUAGGUUUCUGCUUAAAUUUGACACAAAUGUACUUAUUUUAAACCCCUUUUUUUAUUUUAUCGUGUACUCUUUGUCUCUAAAGAGCACCGACCUCCAUUCAAAUUUAAAGUACAGAGACAGAUUGAAAAAGAAACUGGAGUUUAGAAUCAUCGUCUCCAUCAUCCAACCAAUCCCUAUCCCUAACUAUCCAAGCCAUCGUUGAAUAGUUCAAUCAGUGUUUUCACUGGGAUCCUCUCUAGGUUUUCUCUGCACAUAUUUUCUCUAAGUGUUUGAGCUUUGAGUAAAUUCAAGAAACGCUGAAAAUGUUGUGUUUAAGUCAGGUUUCCAUCUUGUUUUUUUUUUUUGUUUUUUUUAAAAGUUUAAACCACUGUCUACAGGUAUCUAACUCAGGUAACUUUACUGUAAGAAAACAUUACUACUUAUUAUCCUCUCAGCAAGCCGGUCGUCACGCUGCGUUGGUUGUUCAGCUCUAAGCGAUCGUUUUUCAUUUUUGUCUUAAUCCGUGUAUUUGAUCUCAUCGUCGACCUUAUCUCGUAAAUGUUGAGUGUUGAACCGCUUGACCCUUGACCCCGUGACCUUACAUGUUGUGUUAUGUUUUAACCAUGGUGCACAUGUUUAGCUGCCAAAUCUUCUCCUGUCUGAAGCUCGUGCUCUUUGCUGUGUUUGGUGCAGUCAUUCAGUGCCCCUCCCCCCCCAGGCUCCACACCUUGCCCUCGUUUUAGGAACAGGAUUAUACCUUGUACUUCCAUUCUUUCCUUUAAGUCAGAGGCUACAUUGCUCAUGAUUGGUGGCCAUUGCUUUGACAAUAACGACGUGUUAUGAUAUGAUUUUAAGUUAUUAUUAUUAUUAUUAUUAUUAUUAUUAUUAUGUAAUUCAUUGAUUAUUAGCUCGGCCGGAAUAUGAAAAUCAACAGUUUCCCUGUUAAAUUCUUUUAUUUAAUUUUAAAUGACAGAAGUGACAUGUGAUACUGUGAUAGGCUAACUCGUGUUAGCGUGACAUGAACUAAUAUGACCGAACUUUGCAAAGGGUGUUUGAUUGUAAAGACAUGUUUGCUGCUUUAACGGGAGUCGACUGACCGACUCACCCGAGAGUGACAGAAUGCUAAAGUGAGUAAGACAGCAACUGAAUGGUUUCUUUAUUCUUUUAGAUUUUUUUUUUUUUUACUUGGAGCAGAUAAUCAGGCGCUUUCUCUUAUAAGAGACAUCAGUUAUCUAUUUUCAAGUGGUAACAACUGCUUAAUGUUGCUUUUUUCAACAUUUUGUUUAAUAGUAGGGUCGACUAAAUGUUUGAGGCUGACGCACAGACUGACGCUGAAGAUUUCUAGUUUGCUUUUAUAAAAAUGUGAAACUGUCCUAAACCCAAAGCUUUAAAAUAGAAACCAUCAACUCAACGAUAAGAAGUGGAUGUAGCCCGAGGUCUGAGAAGCAAAGCCAAAGCUGAAGUGCCUUUUAUUGGCCAGCAGGGGGAGAUCAGAAGAAAAUGAGCCUCCUUCUCCCGUGAUUUAUUACCUCAGUAUCGUUUUUUAAUUAGUCUCAGUCUUCAGUAAAAACAAGGAGUCUUUAUUACAGAAGACCUGAGCAGACAUGCAUCCACACGUUUAACUUAAACUCUGUUCCCCCGUGAUAGUGACUCAUUUAGCCGAAGGACCCAAGACGAUCUCCAGCCAAAUUUUCAGAUAUUUUUCAACCCAUCCGAUUUAAUUCAUGAAAGUUUAUGCAGGUUGGACGUCAGACGGUACAAACCGGGACAGAACAAAGAAACGGAUCAAUACAAACGUGUUUGAACAGCUCUUUUGGGUCCCGACCCACCGGUUGAGAACCCCUGUGUUAACCCCUUUUGAUUGAGUGAUUUCUACCCCAGAUAUCUAAAAUACAAUCUGGAUACGAUUCAGGAGAACUAACACACCCUCUGAGGAGUCGGCUGCUCUUUUUUUGUUUAAUGCCCGUUUAUUGAAAAAAGAGAGGUCACAUUUCAAAUCGAAGUAACUGUGAAUUUUAAAAGCACCUUGUUGUCAAGCUAGCGCCUUCUUAGCACUUUUAUUCUCGUCGUCUAACCUCAGUCACUGCUGGCUAAAAAAAAAAAACCAAGAUGGCAACGGUAAAAAAAAAAAAAAAAAAAAAGCCAAACUGGAAGCUUCAGUCAAACCAAUAGGUGAACUCAUGGUUUCUAUGUCCACUUCUUAUACACAGACUUUGGUUAAAAUCAGUGAUCUUCAUUUAGCUGUGAAGACCCAAGGAUAGACAAAUGGUUUCCUUGCAUUCGUGCCCUUUUCAUUUCAUCCAGACCAAAUAGAUUCUCAACGAAAGAAGGUGUAAAUGUUUUUAUGAAAUGACUCUUCAAUGAAACGUCCACUGAAGACCAGGACAGCUUGAAUACAGAAGACAGCGUGACAGCAUUUAGGACGUAAUAACCCGUCCUCAUGUCAGUCUGAUGUGCAGUCAGCCUAAAUGUUAGUCCACCCCUACAUUCAUUCAGCAGCUGAAAUGCUUUGUCUCACAUAUUAGAGAUGAUAAAAACAGACAUUUUAAGGAUUUUUAUCUCGGCCUACAACGUUAUCUUCAGAUCUUUGUUUGUAAUGUUUUUCAUGUAUCCUGCUAAACUGCUCAGCCGUUGCUUUGAACGCCCCUCGCGUCUCUCCACACUAACACUGGAGCUGCUUUUGAAAUGUGGUGCUCCAGUUGGCCACUUUGAUUCUAACCGAUAAUAUGCACAGGCCUCUUCAGUGUAUGUAGCUUGUAAGAUAUUAUGAAUAUAAUGAACAAUAAGUGACUCCUGAUCUUUUUGUAAAUUAACCUCGGAUUAGAUGUUCUAUGAUUUGUACGGAAACCAAAAGAGACGAUGAACUAUAAGAAUAUCAUAUUUUUCUCUAACGUUGCUUUAUAUAAACGUGAUUCUUUGUUUUUGAAUUAAUCGAUAUGAAAAAGGAUGUUUACAGGAAUUAGAGGACAGACUCUUUUUAUGUUUUUGUUUUAUUUUUGAAAUCACUGCCUUACGUUCUGUGGAUGUCUCCAUGUCGUCUCUGUUUUUUAAAAUGUUGAUUUAUGAUCAUUCCGGCAGCUUUGUGAAUCUCCUCUCUGGGUUUUAAGCCUGUUGUUGUUGUUUUUUCUUCUCUCUCAGCUAACUCACAAAAAACCAUAUCAUGCAAAACUGUGUACAGGGCAUUGGUUUGAUGACUGGCCGACUCAUGAUGAUGCAUCUCGUCUCUUUAAACUCCUCUGAUCAGUCUGCUUUACUGAAACGUUUGAUUUCAGGGAAGGUGGGCCCUUUUACAAACAUCCACAGCUCGCUCAAGGCACAGCAACACAAAGUGAGUGGAUACAAGUCCGCCACUCAGGAAAUAGAAGUGUUACAUGGCAUAUAUUUUUUAUAAUAUAUUUUGUAAAGGAUACAUUUAUCAUAACGGAAACUCUGUUGAAGUACUAAAGUAUUCCAAAGGCCACCUUUUGGGAUAGAUGAUCAAAAGUGUGCACUUGACUGCCUAACCACAGUGAGAUGGAUAGACUAACAAUGGCCGCCCGGGGAGAAAAAGAA